AAUGCGGCAAAGUAAGACGCCAUUGCUAGAUUGCGUUUUCUUGUGUAAAGUCGUGCGUGUGUCCCCGACAUCGGCGUCGGUUAAAAAUCGUUGAUUGAUACACUGUUCCGUAUAGUAACCUUUGGUGAGUGCUACAAAGAGCGCAACGUGUGUGACCGUAAAGAGUGCGGGUAUCGAUCGAGAGGAAAACUUAAUUAUACACGCUUCGUAAAAUUCGUGCGCCAUUUCGACAAGGUUCUAGAACGAGCCGAAAAUGCCGGGUUUUAGUAGUGUUGGCACGUUUAAAAUCUUCAUCGGUAAUUUAGCCGACAAGACAUCAAACGCUGACAUUAAACCGUUAUUUGAGAAAUACGGAAAGGUCGUAGAGUGCGACGUGGUGAAAAAUUAUGGAUUUGUGCAUAUGGAGAACGAGGAGGCAGGGAGAAAUGCGAUACAGAAUUUGAAUGGACAUAUAGUUCAUAGUCAGCCGAUCAAGUGCGAGGCUGCAAAGAGUCGCAAGGGUCCCAACACUCCUACGACCAAAAUAUUUGUCGGCAACCUUACAGACAACACCAAAGCGCCACAAGUGCGCGAACUUUUCGCCAAAUACGGCACAGUUGUAGAGUGCGAUAUCGUAAGAAAUUAUGGAUUCGUCCAUCUAGAAGCAACAGGUGACGUCAACGACGCCAUCAAGGAGCUGAACGGACAGAUGGUCGAUGGACAGCCGAUGAAGGUUCAAAUCUCCACGAGCAGAGUACGACAGAGGCCAGGAAUGGGUGAUCCUGAGCAAUGCUAUCGAUGCGGUCGCGGCGGCCAUUGGUCCAAGGAAUGCCCGAAAGGAGGAAUGGGAGGAGGACCGGAUAGGAACGGAUACAGAGACCGAAUGUUUGGACGCGACCCGUACCCUCCACCGCCGCCACCACCGUUCCUUCGGGACCGGUUGAUGGGUGGUGGCCGCUUUGGAGAUUACGAAAGCUACUACGACAGGAGGGGCUUCGAGGACACCAGGGACCUCUACGAGAGGCGGUUUACGGGUAUGACAGGGCCCUGUGACAUGGGAAGUUCCAUGUGCGGGCUUGACUUUCCACCAAUGACAAUGCCACCUCUACCCCCAAGACGAGACCCAAUGCCUCCUAUGCCUCCUCUAGGUAUGGGAUCCAUGCGCGACACUGGCUUCUCCCGUGGUAACGAGUACGGAAUGUUCAGCCGCCGAUCACCCCCUCCGAGUGGCAACAACGGCCGGUUCAGUAGAGGCAUGUACGAGGACUUCAGCCGAGAUUCAUUUGAAGAGCGUAGUGCCACCCUUGUCUACUUACCUAUCCGCCCUCUUUGUGUCUCACAAGUUGCUCCUCUCUCUUAGUCCGUGUAUUAAAAUCGUUCUGUCUCGACCUCGUGUAACUGACGUGGCUGCUUCAUUUUGGUUACCAGACCGGGAUUACGAGGGCCAUCGCCGUCGCGCCGGUUCGCACCAUACUAAAUCGUCGCGUCGGGCUCGCUCGGAUCGGUCUGUCGGUCUGUCUGUCGUCUGUCGGGUCUGUCUGUCGCUAGCAGGAAGCCUCGGGACCGAGAUACUCUUGGCCGUCUGUCGAUCUGCACGCGCGAAGAUCUACUAUAAUCGGCUGACUCUAACAGAAAAAAAAAACAAAAAAAAAAACACAUGUACCAAUCCCUCGCCGUCAGUGCGCAUAUUUUGACGAGAAAAAAAAAAAGAAAGAAAAGAAAACAAAAAAAAACAAACAAAAAAAAAUACCACGAAAAGAAACAAACAAAAAAAUCCGAAAAAGCCAGACGAGAAAAUUAAGCAGCAAACAGAAAACACGAGCCGGAUUUUCGUCGAAUCUUGCUAGACCUUAUCUCACACACGUUUCCCCUCUUCACUCCGGUCCGGUUCUCCCUUGUUCCACGAAGAUAUAUGCACGUCGCUUAUUAUAUUCGUUCCCCGUCGUGUUAGACAGACUUUCCGUAAUUUAACCUCGUAAUCGACGAGACACCGCCGUUUAAUCGUAUGUAGGCGUUUUCUUCGAUGUAAGAAGAUGAUGACGACGAUAUAUAGCAUCCUCCUACCGAGUGAAUCUUUCGAACCCUGUUUACUCGUCAUCAAAAUAUAUAUAUAUAUGUAAUCGCGUGUCGAUUCACGGCGGUCAGUUUUCCACCGCGAAACGACAACCGUCGUUUCUCUCGUUUAGAAGGUAAUCGAGGAAUGUAAAGAGCUCGAAGAACGUUUUGGUAGGACGAUGCUUGGCGACGCUAAACAACACAACACCGCGUCGACGAUUUUUUGAGAUGACCGUUUCUGUGACGAUGACGCGCACGCGUGCCUGCUUUGCCUUCCAUCCGUGGACACAAUUCACGUGCUUUCUUUUCACCCCUUGCGAAAACACAGUCGAUCGGGUCGUGUACCUGGAGGAAACACUCUACUUUCGAAGACCGACGUGAUAGCCGGUAUUGUGUGAAUUUUGUUCAUGUUACGUAUCUGAACGUAUGAGAAUCGUUGUUAGUUACGUUUUUUUUUUAUGGAUAUAGAUGGAAAAGAAAGACACCAACCCCUUUUGUGCGAUCGGCUGCGCUUCGUAACGCGUCGCUAUCACAAAAUCGGAGCAUCGUGUGAGAACUAUACCUUUGUUUCACUUCUUAUAAAGCGGAACGUCGCGACGAUGAUUUUCGAGUAGCUAUUCCGUACGGUACGUUUUGCUCAACCAAACGGACUUCCGUGAUGCGUGUGAAAGUAUAAUUGUAAAAAAAAAAACAAACAAACAAA